AUUCAUUCAUAUACCGAUCCAAAUAUCACGCUGCGACGCUGCGUGCACGCUGCUUCGGACGUUCCAUCAAAAGCAGUGAAACCACAUGUUACGACGCCGUGUCAGGCUGUGCUGUCAUGCUAUCCCGUAGUUUUAGAGGAUAGCUUUCUGGCGACCGGUGGGGGUAAAGAUAUCUCCAAACGAUGGAGAAACUGGAAAUAAACAACGAGAUUUUGACGCUGAAGCGGGAGAUGAAAAUUGGCAGGGUCCAUCUACUCCGACGACUGAUCGCGCAGGUCAAGAAGCUGGAGAAUGCCAAGGGAACAGACGAACAGCGCACUAAAAAGAAGCAGAAGGCCGAGCGCUGGAUGCAGCAAGUCAAGGUCCUCCAGAAAGCAAACCUGGACUCACUGGCAAGGAAGGCGAUGGUGAGCGAGGAGUGCUGGCUGAAGGUGAUCAGUGAGCCAAAGUCGACUCUGGAAGAGCGGGCCCUGGCCCGUCUGCUCAACCUGAAGAAAGUGCAGGACUUUGUGACGAGCUUCCGCAAGGAACACCCGGAGUGGAAGUCCUGGGUGCCUCAGCUCGUCGAGAUGUGGGACGAGAAGAAGGCGCGGCGGCUCAGCUACAAGGCCAAGGGGGCCGGGCCCACCGGUGCGAAUGCCACGGAGAUUGGAGAUCCGGGGAUGCAGAAGAAACCAGUCAAGAGGAAGAGACAGGAGACGGUGAAGAAACCAAGAAGUCCCGUUGAUGAAGGCGCUUGUGACACGGACAUUUCCGAGGGGGAGGAGGAGGAGAAAGAGGAGGAGGAGGAGGAGAAGGAUGACGACGACAAAUCCGACGACUCCGACGACAUUGGUGAAGUUGCAAAUGACACAAUCUGUUCCGAGGAUGACAGUGGUGAAACCGAGAGGAAAAAAGUGAGAGUGGCCGACCCAAAACCAAAACGACCCGUGGCGGUUAAGCAAAAAAGGCCACCGGAAAAGAUGGUGCGGAAACAGCGGAGCAAUGUGAAGGAAACGGUUUUGCCGCGUCGGUGGAUGGCCACGUCGGGGGCCACAAAGGAGGCGCCACAAAUGUCGACCAAGGUGAAAGGGAGCGUUUUAGUGGCAGCAGUGGACAUGACCCAGCUGCAAGGGAAGCAGGACGACGGUCAGCUUCGCUUUGCGCCAGCGGACGAAGAGCCUUGCAGCGACGACGAUGGCACUACGGGUGCCGCAAAGGAGUCCGUGAAAAAACGAGACCCGUUUUUCUGCAAAGAGGGUGAUGAUGACGACGACGACGACAUGGAAGACGAUGAAGAAGAGGGUGGUUUGCAUGGACGACCGUCUGCGAGGGAACGCUUCCAACGAGACGACGACGAUGACGACGAGGGUGGUAGUGUGCGGAAAUCGGGCCGAGGGUUUCACAGGGAUGGCGGUGACCGCUUCUCAAGGUUGCCACGAGGUGGACGCCUCUUUCGGGGAAGGGGAGGCGGAUUUGGCAGGGGAGACGGUUUUAGGGGGAGGGACGGCUUCAGAGGAAACACUAGGGGACGCGGUAGGGGUGCAGGGAGAGGGUUUGACCGUGAUGGGGGCGGUGGCAGGGGAAGGUUUGAACGUGACAGGGGUGGGGGGAGAGGAGGGUUUGAACGUGGAAGAGGAAGAGAUGAUGCCGGUCGUGGCGGUAGGUCGCUGAAGAGGAGCCACGACGCGCAAAGAGGAAGCGCCGAUGGCGGUAAGGAGCAAACAGAUGGACCAGUGCACCCUUCAUGGGCUGCAAAGCAGCAGCAAAAGGUGAAGCUGGCCAAUCUGUCUGCAUUCCAAGGGAAGAAGAUCACCUUCGACUGAACGCCACGUUCGGAAAGCAAAAGAGCGGAGCAAUUCCCCGAUUCGGACAUCCAUCGUUUUAUUUCAUUUCUUUCACUCUUUGGAAAAAGCAAACUGGCAUCAUCACCUCAAUAUUUCUCUACAUUGGAAACCAUAGAAAUAUUUACUACACAUUUCAUGGAAAUAAAUAAGUUGCUCCGUUACUUUAAGGUGAAA